AUGAAGAAAACGGCUGUGAACCUGAAUAAACUUAUUCAAGAUUUUUGCCUUCUGGAGCAAAAAAUAACAGAGCUGAAAGGGAAAAACAACAUCCUUGAAAUAAAGUUAGAUGAAAGCAAUAGGCUAUUAAAGUUUUCGCAGAAUAAGGAAAAGCGCUUGACUGAAGAAAGAGAUGGCAUGCUGGGGACCAUCAAAGGCCUUCAGAACAACUUGCAACAACAGUGUGAUCUUCGAGUUGAAAACGAGAAGCUGAAAAGUGCUGUUCUUGAUCUGAAGAAACAAAAUGAAGCACAAGUGGAGGAAAGGAAAUGUUGUAUUCAAAGAUUGGAGAAAGAGAUGAGAGCUUUGGGAGAGCAACACCAGAGGGAGAUGGAUGACUGUGCUAAAGAGAUGCAGAGGAAAUUGGAGUCCAAAGAUGUUGAACUGAAAGAGGCUCUGGAUAGAAAGGAAAGCACUUUGGAUGAGAUGAGACAGAAAAUGAAGCAGCAGGAGAAAGAAAAGCAAAGUGAAAUCAUAAAGCUACAGAUGGAGUUCAGUGCUAAGCUUGCAAGGGCCCAGAGUGUGUCAGUCAUGACCCAACAGCAGCCACAAGCCUCUGGGCUCUUCCCUCAGAACAUCUUUAAAAGGAAGUUGCAAUUUCUGCAGGAGGAAAAGAACAAGGAAAUUGAGGCUCUUCGUCAGAGAGUCAAAGAGCUAGAGCAGCAGAAUCUUCAUGGUUUGUCUGAGUCACGUCUGAAGAAAAAGAAGAAUUAA